AUGUCGCACGUACAGUAUGUUGAUGAAUUAGUGAAAGAGUAUUUAUUAUUCCGCGGUUUUAGUCAAACAUUACGGACAUUUGAUAAUGAACUGAAAGCUGAAAAAGAGAAAGGCUUUCGAGUUGAUAAGAUUGUGGAUCAAUUAAUGCAGUACAUUUAUACAUUUGAUCUGGUUUCACUGAGAGAACUUUGGGGUCACUUGGACACGCGAAUGUUUUGUCGACUAGAAAAUUAUUUUGUUCCAAGUGUAAGAAAAUUGGAAAACUCAGUACUUAAAAUGUAUCUUAUUAAUGCCGCAGUUAAUAAUAAACAGGAACGUAUUCACGAUUUUUUUGCAAAAAUGACUCCAGAAUUACAGGGACACUCUGAGUGGAAAGAAUGGUUUGGUAUGCUUUUCCAUUUACCAAAAAUCCUGAGGACAAUCCAAUUUAUUCGGUGUAUUUUAGCAAACAGUGGCAGGAUACGAUGCUAGUCUCACUACACAAUUUCUUAGCAAUGAUUUUUCAAUGUAUGCCACAACCUACACUUCUUACCAUCGAUGAGGAUACGAAUAAAUUGAAGCGUCUGCAAGAAGAAAAUGAAACUCUGAAACAGUGUCUCGCAGAAUCCAAUAAAAUUGACAAUAUUGCUGACGUUAAUCCAGGGUCCACACCGCAACAUCCACCAAUUAUGGAUGAUUUUUAUAUUAUUGCUCAGGAAUCUCCAUUGCUGGAAAAUCCAAAAACUCUACGAAGUUUAAUUAAAAAUAUCGGUGGAGGCUCAAGUCCGAUUUUAAAUCGAAAAUCUCUAUCCAGUACCAAAAAAAGUGAUCUUGACACGACAGUUACCAAAAGAACAUGCACAAAAGGACGAGUUAAUUCAUUAAGUAAAGGAGAUGUAGCAAAGAGAAGCAUGAGUUGUGACUCUAGGUUAACUAGAAAGCGAGAUUUUCCUAUUGAUACAACUAUAGAACGCAAAGCCAAAGAUAAAAUUGAUUCUAAUUAUAUUCUUCUAAGCCAAGAAGAAUACACAGAGCACAAGACUUCAAUAAUUCAAUGUAAAAGUAAUACAAGUGGAUCGUAUGUCGCUACUGGAGAUGCUGAUGGUGUCAUUAAAGUUUGGACACCUAUCCCUUCACCAAAAACUGUUGCGACAUUUACUUCGACAACAGCAAACUCCAACAAAGCAGUAACUUCUUUGGACUGGAUCUCAAAGAAUGAAAGAUAUUUUUUGCAUGGUGACAAUAAUGGCUCAAUACAACUUCACGAUACAAGAGACUGCAAAACCUUGUGGGAAAUCCAACACGAAGGUUCACGUGUUGUGUCACUGACUUGCAGUCCCUUGGACUCUACAUUUAUCUGCUCUAUUACGGACGCUAAUGAAAGUAAACUUUUGCUCUACGACGUCAAGACUCGUAAGCUCGAGCGAACUUUACCAAUGGACGGGAACUUGACAGCUUUGUGCUCGGUGUUUAAUCACAAUGGUCAGCUGUUGAUCACCGGGCUUUCUAAUGGGAAUCUUUUGAUUCACGAUUUACGAAGAAAUGAAAUGAUUGAUAAUUUCACGUGUCACUCAAGUCCUGUGAUUGAUAUCGAGCUGAUAAAUGACUAUACCAAUAUCUGUAUUCUCAGUGAAGAUGGGAAGUUGUGCCAAAGAAGUCUCAACCAAACGGGGAAAACCGUAUGGGAGGCUAAAAUAAAGAUUGAAAAGAACGCCGUUCACGGGAAAAUGUUUACCUUUGAUCAAAGCGGUAAUCAUAUGUUGCUUUGCACACAGACUGGUGGUAAUAUUUACAAGAUGCCACCAGGAGCUCAAGCAAAAAUACUCGAGCUAGGAGGUCACAAAGGAACUCUGUGCUGUGACUGGUCAACAGCCAAUCAAUCAGGAACAUGCAUAACUGGAGGAGCCGAAGGGAACUGUCGUGUUUCUACUCUUCUCUCACCAUGA